GUCACGUCUGCGCUGCGCGGCGCGCGCUAGUUGCAUUUCACGUUUCGUAGAGUCAGUACGUGUUGCUCUCUAUCUGCCUGAUCGAUAAGUGUUUGCCGGUGUCUUUCCUUAUUUGAACGAUCUAAAAUGGCGUGCAAUCGUGAAGAACUGGAAGAUAUGGCUAAUAAGUUGAGGAUAUGGUCCAUCAAAGCUACAAAUGCUUCCAACUCGGGUCAUCCGACAUCAUGCGCCUCGAUGGCAGAGCUGAUGAGCGUGCUCUUCUUCCACACGAUGCGCUACAGCGUCAAGGAGCCGCGUGCCGCCAACGCCGACCGCUUCAUUCUCUCCAAGGGACACGCGGCGCCCAUCCUUUACGCUGCUUGGGCGGAGGCGGGUCUGUUCGAUACAUCCGAGCUGCUGAACUUGCGUAAGAUCGACAACGACCUGGAAGGCCACCCGACCCCUCGCCUCAACUUCAUCGAUGUGGCCACGGGGUCUCUGGGACAAGGACUGUCCGUCGCGGCAGGCAUGGCUUACGUGGGAAAAUACUACGACAAAUCCAGCUACAAAACGUACUGUUUGAUCGGUGAUGGUGAGAGCGCUGAAGGUUCCAUUUGGGAAGCGCUAAGUUUCGCUGGCAUCAAAAAGCUGAAUAACUUGUGUGCCAUUUUUGAUAUCAAUCGCUUGGGGCAGUCGGAGCCCACUGCAUUCCAGCACCAAAUGGACGUGUACAAGGCGCGCCUCGAGAGCUAUGGUUUCAACGCCUUGGUCGUCGAUGGCCACGACGUGGAGGCUUUGUGCAAGGCCUUCCACGAGGUGCUCGUCUCCGACAAGCCUACUGCGAUCUUGGCGAAGACGUACAAAGGCCGCGGCUUCCCAGGUAUCGAGGACCUGGACGAUUGGCACGGCAAGCCCUUGGGCGCCAAGAGCGAAGAAGUGAUCACUGCGUUGGAGGCCCGCAUCAAGAACAACGGCCCUCACACUCUCAAGAUCCAAAAGCCCGUCGAUGACGCUCCCGAAGUCGAUAUCUCCAACGUCACCCUCAGCCGCCCUCCUAGUUAUGAGAUUGGCCAGAAGGUAGCCACACGUGCAGCGUACGGCACGGCACUGUCCAAGAUCGCCGAGUCUUGUCCGCGUGUCAUCGCUCUCGACGGUGACACCAAGAACUCCACCUUCUCUAAUGCCAUGCUCAAGACGGACAAAGACAGAUACAUUGAGUGCUUCAUCGCGGAGCAGAACCUGGUGGGUGUGAGCAUCGGCGUCGCGUGUCGUGACAGAGCCGUGGUUUUCUGCUCCACCUUCGCCGCCUUCUUCACCCGCGCCUUCGACCAGCUCAGGAUGGGGGCCAUCUCGCAGACGAACAUAAACUGCGUUGGGUCUCACGCCGGCAUUAGUAUUGGAGAAGAUGGUCCAUCUCAGAUGGCCUUGGAGGACAUAGCGAUGUUCCGUGCCAUCCCCACGGCGACAGUCUUCUACCCUUCUGACGCAGUCUCCACCGAGCGCGCCAUCGAGCUCGCCGCCAACACUAAAGGCAUCUGCUUUGUGCGCACCUCGCGCCCUGCCACCUCGGUCGUCUACCCUAACGACAAGAAAUUCGCGGUGGGCAAGGCGAACAUCAUUCUGCAAAGUGCCGAUGACGUAGCGCUGGUUAUUGGUGCAGGCAUCACGCUCGAGGAAGCCCGCAAGGCUGCUGAGAUUCUCGCACAGAAAGGCUCGCCCGUGCGCAUCAUGGAUCCCUUCACCAUCAAGCCUCUGGAUGAGGAUGCCGUCCGGGAGCACGCGAAGCAGUGCGGUGGUCGUAUAGUGGUUGUGGAGGACCAUUAUCCUGAAGGUGGUUUGGGUGACGCUGUGAAGUCAGCCGUGAGCGGCGAGCGCGACAUCGUCGUGAAGCACCUGGCAGUGAGAGCCGUGCCUCGCUCGGGCAAAUGCGACGAGCUCCUCGAAAUGUUCGGCAUCAACGCUGCGAGCAUCGUCCAGGCUGUCGAAGAAGUCAUGCUCGUGUAAUGAUGUUCCUUAUAUCGAAGCUUCCGUUGCCCGAUGCCUUGUUUGGGACAUACAUGCGAAAGAUGAUGCGGAGUUUGCAACCACCGUUCGAUGUUAGUUACUGUCAGAGAAUGCUUAGUAGGAGUGGCGUAUUGAGUGGAAAUGUCGGAACGGUCGUGCAUGAAACCUCGAGAGUUGGACGAUUGGUCAUUGUUCUGUGAAUGUUCUAGCGUUUAAUGUGUUGAUGCCCAAUUCGAGCCCGGGCACAGCUUAGUUAGUAAAGAUGACCUGCCUUUCAGUUUUAUUAUCGUGCCUAACUGCUAAAAGUUUCGUAUGCAUAGUGUCACUGUAUUGUUCAUAGAAACCAGCUCCAAGGUCCAACGAUGCGCUUUGCUUAUACGUAGCUGUGGAAGAAUGGGCUCGAAUUAGUUGUCUUUCCAUACCAUAGCAUUAGAAACUAGCCUCUGUUUAUGAUUAUCGCUUACUGACGCAUAUUCUGCACUUGUGUGAAGUCGUUGAGAAACCUCCUGAAUUUCUUCGUUCACGUGUAGCAAGUUGACGUGCUUAGGGUUUCUGAGAAAAUUCGCUUCUCCGCAAAUCUUAGGUCUUCAGUUUUGCAAGAGGAUUAAUUUUUUUCCUGGACUGUUCUUCUCACGAGGGCGUGAAGUUAAGGUAAAAUAGUGUCGUUGCCCCCUCAACAUGUACGCUUUGCACGAUUGCUGUUGAGUCAGACAUUCUACAGUAAACGAAGCAUUCCAUUCUACGUCUUCAAUUUUCAGUCCAUGUUAAGAUUUAUUGAACAGUUCCUGUAUUUUCUUAGUUUAACUCUUAAGGUUACCAGACAUUUCCAGGCGUCUUUCACGAUAGUUGACAUUCCGGAUAGCGCCUGUCAAAUUAAUUUUGAUAUUACAAUGGGAUGAAAAUGAGUUUAAGACGUUAGUUUGAAAAUGAGGUGAAUUAGUUGGUUCUCUUGUUGACAAGUCUUCAGCCCUAAUACUGACUGGUGUUACUUCUGGGGUUACUUCUUUAGUCGUCGCUCGAUAAUAAAGAUAAUUUUUGAAGUUUACUUCUCUACUUAUUUAAGUUGGCUUCUGAUUUAUUCCAUUUUUUGAAGAAAAUAAAGUAUAUGAAUUCA